GUGCGCUGCUGGGAGCCGGUGUUCGCGCGCAGAGAGCGAGCGCGGGGCGCACCGUUGCGGGCACCACGGGCGCACGGGAGGUGUGAGCCUUCUAAGUAGCAUAUGGCAAAACAUUAGGCCAACCUGUGACGGCCCCUGCAGUUAAGAACCUGUGCCUUCUUACCUUCUCUGCUGCUGUGGAUGGCCCUGGCUGUCUUGACUGCCCUUCCCAAUAGGAUGUCACUGAGAUCCCUCAAAUGGAGCCUGCUGCUGCUGUCCCUGCUGAGCUUCCUGGUGAUAUGGUACCUCAGCCUCCCCCACUACAACGUGAUCGAGCGUGUGAACUGGAUGUACUUCUAUGAGUAUGAGCCAAUUUACAGACAAGACUUUCGCUUCACACUCCGAGAACAUUCCAACUGUUCUCAUCAGAGCCCAUUCCUUGUCAUCCUGGUGACCUCGCGCCCCUCAGAUGUGAAAGCCAGACAAGCCAUUAGAGUUACUUGGGGUGAGAAAAAGUCCUGGUGGGGAUAUGAGGUACUCACGUUUUUCUUACUAGGCCAGCAGGCUGAAACGGAAGAUAAAACGUUAGCGUUGUCCUUGGAGGAUGAGCACAUUCUCUAUGGCGAUAUUAUACGUCAAGACUUUCUAGACACAUAUAAUAACUUGACCUUGAAAACUAUUAUGGCUUUCAGGUGGGUAAUGGAGUUUUGCCCCAAUGCCAAGUACAUCAUGAAAACAGACACUGAUGUUUUCAUCAACACUGGCAAUUUAGUCAAGUAUCUUUUAAACCUAAACCACUCAGAGAAGUUUUUCACGGGCUAUCCUCUAAUUGAUAACUAUUCCUAUAGAGGAUUUUUCCAUAAAAACCACAUUUCAUACCAAGAGUACCCUUUCAAGGUGUUCCCUCCCUACUGCAGUGGGCUGGGAUACAUUAUGUCCGGCGACUUGGUGCCUAGGGUCUACGAGAUGAUGAGUCACGUGAAGCCCAUCAAGUUUGAAGACGUUUAUGUUGGCAUCUGUUUGAAUUUGUUAAAAGUGGACAUUCAUAUUCCAGAAGACACAAACCUUUUCUUUCUGUACAGAAUCCACUUGGAUGUAUGUCAGCUCAGACGCGUGAUUGCAGCCCACGGCUUUUCUUCCAAGGAGAUCAUCACAUUCUGGCAGGUGAUGCUGAGGAACACCACAUGCCAUUAUUAAGCCCAUCCGUCACCCAUCUAGGGAAGGGAGGAAGGACAUUGUAGACAGGGUCAGAGUUAGCACUGUGGGAAACUCAGGAAGUUUAGUGUGCUGGCUUGCCUGGGCUGAAACUCACGGAGCAUCCCUAGACAGGAGCUCCAAGGCCUGAACUUACAGCAAUUGUUUUCACAGGAUUUAACUCGGAUCCUUUAAAGGUGACAGAGGAGUCAAACAUAAUGCAAAGGAACAGUUUUGCUAACCAAAUCAAAGGGUCACACAGUCUGAAUGGCUCAGGCUGUAGAUUAGAAUUUCUUAAGAUUUCCCUGAAAGAAAAACUAACUAGUCCACAGCCAGAAUACAGUGUGGAGUUGUAUUUAUUAGAUAGUCUAGUCACAUAAUGGUUCAGUGUGUAUCUUAAGUGGUUAUUAUUAAUAUAUAUAUAUGUAUAUAUAUAUAUAUAUACACACACACACACACACACACACACAUAUUUCUUGUAAAAAGCUUUACAGAGUUAUGUUGAAAACAUUCAUUUGUAUUGUUUUCAUUUGCAAGGUACUCAAUGAUGUGGUAUGUAAGAGUUAUCAAAUCAAGUAUUAUUUAAUGUUAUUUCAAUUUUCUAAGUGUUUAAAGGUUAUGGUGGUUUCAGUAUUAUAUAAUGAAUUGCCUUUCACAUUUGAGCUUUGUUUUAUUCACUGCUGAUCGGUUUAAUUAAUGUGACGUUAAUGUGACAUCAUAGGUUAUUACCGAUUGUCCAUAAUCUGUUGAACUCUGUUGCACUUGUAAACAUAUGGAGAAUUAAAGCAAGAAAAUUCAAGCUUUGAAUAGUUUUUUUUAAAAUGUAGUCAGUGUUUCCAGAUGUCACUUUGUCCGUCUCAAAUAAUAGAGACCUCCAGGCAGAGCCUUUCCUGAAAGCACAGAAGGCAAGAUGUCUCAGUGUUUACUAUGGCAGUGUAUAAGCUGGAAAGGGGAAGUGGAAGAUCCAGGUUGUAUUGUUAACCCUCCCAGUGUUUGUUUUCUACUGAGUAAUCAAUUUGUCAAUAAAGGAUUUCUA